ACGCUGCUCCAUGGUCAUAUUUUUUUAAGGCCAGUUUUUCCCCAUGAGGUGGGAGGGUGUAGAUGUUUGUGUAUAUAAGGCAGCUGAGGCACUCAGUAAGCAGUGUGGAUCAUCUGUUCAGGUCUCUCUCCUCUCCUCCGUAAGGUAGCAAAGAUGCGUGUGUUGGUAGCAGCAUGUGUGGUGUGCGUUGUAGUGUGUGUGGCAGGCCAGGAGCAAGAGCCCACCCAGGCACAGCAGGAAGUUGCUGUACCUGAUGCCAUCCGCAAGCUGAGGCAGCCGUUCACAGAGCUGCCCCUCACUGAGCUGGUCAGCAACCUGAAGAAUCCCGCCACAGUCAAGUUCUACGUAGAAUGUGUGAUAGAAGCUGGUACCUGCGACAACAUUGGCAAGGCUCUGCAGAAUUUGAUGAGGGAUCAGCAGCGGGUGAGUCAACUCUGUUAUGGAUGUUCACAAUGCGAGAUGGAGAAGCUGAGAUACGCCCUGGAUGUCCUCAAGAACGAUUACAAAGAAUUGGCUUGCCAAGUCCAGAACUUCGUUCAAAUCAAUGGGCUCUUCGGCAGCACAAACCCUUGUGCCUAGGAUGGACAGUCUGUAUACCGAAUCAGUCAGUGCCUCGCCUGGACCGUCCACACCGAAUCUGCGGAAUCCACACACUUCCGGGACGCUCGGCCGUCACCAUCUUUUUGAUACCAACGCCGCCAACACCCUUAUGAACCAUCACGAUAUAGAAUCCGUCCUCAAGUGGAAAAAAUACCAACACUGGAUGAAAAUAUGAUUUCCUUUACAGUUUCGCACACGCAGUGGGCUUCCAAAGUCUCCUGAAAAAGCCAACUGCAUGAGUAACUCUGUAAACAAGAUAGCAUAUUGCAUCUGCAUUUGUCACCACCUGUUGGUCCUACUCCUUCAGGCCGUCUCUAGAAACUUUCCCCGGGUGUGCUAUCCUUAAAGUUACCUUCACAUUUUUAAACAUUUUAAGUAGUCAAAAAAAAUUUGCAUCUUAGUCCGAAAGUAGCUUUGUCCUGUAUCACUCCACACCUGACAGGAGCCAACAGCUGGAGCUCUCAGCAUGUCCUGACAGCAGUUUAUACCCGUCUUCCGUGCCAUCGGCAGCACUAUCUUUCACAAAUAAAAAAGAAAAAGA